GCUGCCGGCCCGCCGGCUCCAACCUUGGCGACCGUCACAAGUCAGUUGCCUUGCACACAUGACGAGCCGAAGAAGCGAUUCGCCUUAGAGUGCGUGUGUGACCUUUCCUGUUGCCUGCGAUGGAGUCGUGGCAGCCACUUCGUAGACAGCACCGACGGCAGCAAAGCUUAGCCUCCCUGCUAGUGUCGUGCGCUGCAGUGCUGUGCCUUUCGUGCCUCGAUGGCGGCCGCGCCGAUGAGUCCCAGCCUCCCCUGGUGCGGAUUGAAAACGGACUAAUCUCUGGCAAGCGGAUCACAGUGGUGGGCAAGCAGGUGGACGCGUUCCUCGGCAUACCGUAUGCCGUGCCUCCGAUAGGCAAUCUCCGCUUCGAGAAGCCGCAGCCAGCUGACGCUUGGGACGGCACGCUGCAGGCCGUCAACAAGCCGCCUCCAUGCCGUCAGCUGGACAUGCCGUUCCUCGCAGGUAAACGCCUACACUAUUCCAAUACCAGCACCGAAGACUGUCUGUACGUGAACGUGUGGAGGCCAUCGUCAAGCUGCCCCCGGUCCGAGUCGUGCGGGGCGAAACUAGCCGUAAUCGUGUUCAUGCAUGGCGGAGCGUUGCAGUGGGGAGACUCGAGUUUGUUCCUGCAUGACCCGUCAGUGUUCGUCGCUGAAUCGAAUGUGGUCUUCGUCACGUUUAAUUAUCGGGUUAGCAUGUUCGGAUUCCUCUCCGCCAAGAACCCGGACCUUCCUGGAAACAUGGGCAUGUGGGAUCAGAUUCUCCUCUUGAAGUGGGUUCAGAAGAACAUCGGGAAAUUUGGCGGUGACCCCACGAUGGUGACGUUGAAGGGUCAGAGCGCUGGCGCAAUCACAGCCGGCCUGCUCGCAACGUCGCAACAAGGUAAGGGCCUCUUCAACAGAAUCGUUAUGGAGAGCAGCACGCCGCUAUCGCUGUUUCUCACCAUGAGCUUUAACGUGGUUGGUCAAUUCGUCAACGUUGCCAACGCGCAUGGUUGCAUCGACAACUCGAAAGACUGGAGAGAGGAAACCCCUACCAUCGUCAACUGCCUCAGGAAGGUCGAAAGUGACGUCAUCAUCGCCAAACUGAAGGAGGAGACCACCUUCAAGCAGAUGUUCCCAAUGGUCUACGGCGACCAAUUUUUUCCCAACGACCCCUUGGAUCCCGAAACGUACGCGGACUUGCACGUAAAAGAGAUCCUGCUCGGGACGACGACGGACGAAGGCACGGUAUUCCUCAACAAUAUACGCGACGUUGCGCCUCAAUUUGAAGACUACAUCUCGGGUAACUACCGCCUUGCCAUGACACUGGCACUGAAGACCAUGUUCAAUAUUCCGCUAUCUCACGCUCGAGAUAUUACGGUUGCCUACUUUGGCGAUCAGAGCGUAGAGCACAACAAAAAAUCUGUCAUCGAUAUAUUCUGUGAACUGUUCGCUGACGCAACAAUUUACUGCCCGACACUGAUGUUCGCAGACGUGGCGACGCAGCGAGGGGUGAAGGCAUAUCGUUACAUAUUCGCCCACAGAGCCUCGGACAGCUACUGGCCCGAAUGGAUGGGCGUCACGCACGCGGACGACUUACCCUACACAAUGGGCUCUUUGCUACUACCCAAGGACGAGAACCUGUUUACUCCUCCGGUUGGGCAAGAACUUCGUGACCUGAUUCUCAAAAAGACACACACUCCUGCCGAAGAAGAGUUCGCGAAGCAGAUAAUCGCAAGUUGGGCGGCGUUUGCCAAACACGGAACGCCUGCAAUGGUGACGCCUGGAGACAAGUGGCCGGUGCACACGACAGGCAAUACGCUACUCGUAAGCCUCAAACCGAGCAGCUUCAACGUGACAGCGGAGCAGCACAGAUCACGUUGCAACCUCUGGAAAUCAUUGCUGUUGCGCAAGUCCUCAUCGCAUAGUUCGUCCGACCCAGCAUCCCAGAAAACCACUACCGGAAAACCCAGUGUCAAGACAUCAAAGGGGAAGUUCUCACCCGACAAAACGAACUCGGUCUUGAAGAAACGACCGUCAUCGAGUACCGUCAACGUUCAAUCAAGCCUCAUUACUGUUGCGCUAGCUUGUCUUACAAUUUACCAGUGCCGGCGUUCAAUGCGCUGCCAAGAAAUGUGGCUCCUCUCUGUAUUGUGCACCACGUUCACAUAUUGCGCAGCUGCUAGGGUCCCCGUGGUGCAAAUAAGUUCGGGACUUGUUUCUGGACAGCGUUUGCUCGUGAACAACAAGUUCGUCGAUGCUUUCUACGGCAUUCCAUACGCUGAACCACCUGUCAGAGAACUCCGUUUCCAGAGGCCUCGACCCGCGAAAGCAUGGAAAGGAGUGCUCAACGCUACGACAAAGCCGACUCCUUGUCGCCAGCUAGACCUGAGGUUUCUAGAAAAUGUGACGUUGCACUACGACAAGUCCUCGGAAGAUUGCCUUUACCUCAACGUAUGGAGACCUGCCCUUCAGGAGUGCCAGCGCCGACGCUGCCGCGCCAGGCUACCCGUAAUUGUGUUCGUCUACGGAGGCGGCUUCCAGUGGGGAGACUCCAGUCUUUUCGUGUACGACAUGGAAAGAUUCGUCUCCAAGUCGGACGUGGUUUUCGUAACGUUCAACUACCGCCUUGGCAUCUUCGGUUUUCUGACGACUAACACCGAGGACGCUCCCGCGAACAACGGCUUGUGGGACCAGAACCUCGUCUUGAAGUGGGUGAAGAGAAACAUCGCAAGCUUUGGCGGCGACCGUAACGACGUAACCUUCGCCGGACAAAGCGCUGGGGGAAUGUCGGUCGGCUUCCAUGCCAUCUCACCCCACAGCCGCGGGCUCUUCAAAAAGGUGAUCAUGCAUAGCGGAACCCCUUUGAGCUCCAUUCUUUGGCGAGCCCAGAGCUCCGCCGCCAAAAUGCGUAACAUGGCAGGAGCAUUGGGUUGCUACAACGCUACGAGGUUCGCGAAUGAACAGGCAGCCGACAUAGUCGCUUGCCUGAAGAAACUAGAAGCCAACGUAAUUAUGGACGCCGUGAGGAAGCAGGACCCUGCUAACCAGGCGUUCUUCCCCGUUUUCGGGGACUCCUUCAUGCCCGAUGACCCUGAAGUGGCGGCUACAUGGGCUGGACUGAACGUGCAAAGUGUUCUGCUAGGGACAACCCAAGACGAGGGUACAUUAUUUGUAGACAACAUUCGUUACCUAAGCCCACAAAUUGACCUCGUCCUCAAACAAGACUACAGGCUCGCAGUCAUGGCGUUCAUGGCGACGAUGUACGGUAUACCCAUUAAGGACGCUAGAGGGAUUGUGGCCAAGUAUUACGGAGAUUACGACGUCGAGCAUGACAACGACUCCGUGUUCGCUAUCUUCUCGCAAGUCGUCGGUGACUCCCUCUUCGAAUGUCCGACUCACUUUUUCGCCAACUUGACAGCCAGGGGGGGUAUUCCGACGUACAAAUACAUCUUCGCUCAUCGACCAUCGUUUAGCCUCUGGCCAAAAAGCUUCGGUGUCGCGCACUCUGACGACAUAUAUUUCUUCUAUGGAAGUGAUUCUCAAGUCUCCGACAAGAGCAAAUACACAGAUGUCUUCGAUUCGCAAGCGAGAAAGCUGCUUUCGGCUGUCGCUCCUACUAAAGAAGAACAAACUUUCUCGGAUGAGCUGAUGGAGCUCUUGUACAAGUUCACGAAAUCUGGGAAACCAGGAUCACCUCAGGCUAUCACUUCCUGGCCGUACUACGCUCCGCCCACGUACCGAAGCUUACUCCUUCGUCCAAACAACUUCACCGCCGGAAGUGCUUACGAGCGAUGCGAACUUUGGAAGCCUUACCUAUACCACGAAUAAAAUUAUAUUGAAAAUGUA